AGCACAAACCUACUCAUCAUUAACUGACAGUUUGCUGAUAAAAAGCAAAACAUUUAUAAUAAUUACAUUAUUUAAAUACAUCUCAAUUGUCAUUUAAUAUUCAAAGUUAAGCUCAAAAGCACAGUCUCUACGACUACAUAACAGACUACUCCUUCAUUACCGACAAAGUAUGAGUAGAGUUGGUUGGGUUUGGAAGAGAGAGAAAGAGAGAGACAGUCGCUAAAUAUAUUUAAUGAAAAAUUAGUUUUAAAGGGAAGUUAGGUUUUAUUUGAAUCAAAUGCCGGUCGGAAGCAAUAUCGUCGUCAAAGUCAAAAAUAUUUGCCUCAUUAUUGUGAUCAUUAUAUCACUAAUUAUUCAAUAAUAAUAUAAUUAUUAUUAUAAUAAUAACUAAACAACGAAUUUUCAAAUAUGACAACAAAUUCUUCAUCCAAUAUCGAAGACAAGCCUUCGGUGGACAUCAAUUGGGAGGAGAAGUCGUCUCCGCGUUUCUUUGGGUCCGAAAAAUUUUGGGGAUUUAAAGACAACCUUUUUUCUGGACUUUCAUCCAAAUUAGAGGCCGCACUUCAAGCGGGCUUUGAUGUGGCCUUUACUGAUAACAUUGAUAACACUAAUAAUAUCAAUGAUAAUGACAUUAAAGACAAAGGUAUGGUCACAAGUAACUCUUCGGCGUCUUUCUCAAGAAAAUCAAAAGACCGAUCCGUUUUUGGUCAGCCAGAGAUUAAUUACCAAAAUCAAAGUCUUCAUCGCAAUAAAGGACAAAGUUUGGAGUCUUUGGAUACUUUGGACAGCGGACAGAGUAUGGGAAGUAGUUGUACAUCAGUUUCGGAAAUCCAAUUAAGAAAUCUUGAAAUACAAGACUCAUUCAAAUAUUAUUAUAAGACAACUGAAUCGUUGGGCAUCGGCAGCGGUCAGAGCACAAGUCUCGAGUCCUCUGACGCUGAAGACGAUGGUUUCAAACGAUGUGAUUCACGCCAGUCAGCCAAGUCUUCGGUAUCGAGUGUCAGCGGCGACAGUCAAUUGGAUGAGUCGUAUAUCUCUUCAAAAAUAUUUAUGAAAAAUUUUGUUUCCAAAGUUUUCAGUGAAAGCAAUGCCAUCACAUUAGAAGAAAAGUCAAUAUUUGGUGAAAUGUGUCGAAAAGAGUUUGGAAGGCUAUGGUUUGCCCGGUAUAUCAAUGAACAGAGAGUUCAUAAUAAGAAAGUUAAAGAAACAACAUUUUACAGUUUAGCCCAAUAUUUUGCAAUUGUUUUAUUUGAAUGCUCGGAAUCCGAUGACUUUACUCCCGCCAAAACACUAAUGAAUAUGUGUUUUACAUAUUAUCACGAAUCCUAUACACAAUUGUCAGCCCAUACCAGCAGCCGAUGCCAUAAGCAAUACCUGUAUAACGUGUUAAGAGAACAACCUAUUUGGCGAUCCCUACGCUUCUGGAACGCGGCCUUCUUCGACGCUCUUCAGUGCGAACGCGCCAAUCGGCCCACACCUACACAACACCAACUGAUCCGAUAUAACAGUCAAGAAAUGACCGAUGAAAACAAGUUUCAACAGAAUAUUACUUUCGGACAACUCGGAGCAUUCAUUCAUAAUAUGCAUUCAUUUGGUUUGCCUAAAGAAUUGUGUACUGAAUUCUUGAGAAAACAGAGCACUAUUGCAAACCUACCCCAAGAGCAAAUAUCAACACUGAGGGAAAACAUUGAACACAUGUAUUCUCACAAAUAAUCAAAUGAAUU